CUGGUUUCUGCGACUGAAUUUGGUCGAGAAAAUGGCGUCUUGAAGUUCUAAGACAAGACGGAUGAAGUGAUACUAUCUAAGAUGUACGCCGUACAGCGCCGCUAUGUGAGAAAGUACCGACUGUCGGACUCGGACUACGAUGACCACGAUGACCAUGAGGAUCAGGAGGACGACGGGGAGUGUACGAAGUUUCUGACAUCUUUGAAAAGAGACUGGAGCGGCGUCCCUGAGAUGCUGCUGGAGGAUAUCUUCACCCUGCUGACGCCCAAGUACCGCCACGUGGCGUCCCAAGUUUGCAACUUAUGGCGCGCCACGUUCUACUCUCCCCGUGUGUGGGAGACUUUCACCCUGUUAGAGAGGACCCUAACACGCCGUAUCUUCAACCUGUACAAGGGCUACCAGCGCGACCUCUGUUGCAGGAAGACCCAGGUGUGCCUGUUAAAGGUGGGAGCACACUUCAAGAGGAUCAUCAUAACGCCGAUCGACAACUUUUUCAGCCUGUAUGAGUUUCUCAGAGUACUAAACUGUUUCUUUGAGUUUUAUGAAGACUUUCCAAUGCCCAAACUGCAUACUUUCUUGUUCACGUUCUCGUGCGAGAGCCGCGGCAUAGCUGGUGUGAGAAUCCAUGGAACUGGUGGUAAAAUCCUAGAUAUCCUGAAGUUGACGCUGAGAAACAUCCCCACUCUGAAGUGUCUGAGACUGAACCAACUCCUCCUAGAUGAAUGCGAAGUUCCAGGCCUAAUUGAAUCCAUGAUAGGCAGCUGCCAGGACACCAUGCGGAGAUUGGAACUCCUCAACCUGUCCAAAGUCCCAGUUCCACUGCCAGAACUGGCCAGGUUCUCCAACCUGUUCCAUCUAACCGUCAGCCCCCAGCACAUGGACGAGGAAAUGCUGCUGCUGCUGGGCGGGAUGGGGCUGGUGUAUCUUCAUAUUCUGCAGGACCCCUACACGUGCGACUGUGAGGCAGUGUCGUACGAGGCAUGGAAGCUGUUGAAGGAAAUUGCACCACAAUUAAGAGUCAUUUUAGAGAUACAAGGCCUGACAAAAAAGGAUCUUCUGUUCCAACCAAGAGCUCCUGUUUCUGAGGUGCGCUUUUCUACACCAUAUUCGAAGAUGACAGCAGACAUCGCCAGUACGAUCGUGGAGCACUACAGCAAGACUCUCGAAGUGAUAGUACAGAAACACCUUCCUAGAAUUCAAGGUCCUAGAUCUUUCCACGACAGAGGGGACUCCCACUUCUUGUUUAUCGUACAGCAUUGCCAGCGCCUACGCAAACUUGUGAUUCGGGAGAGGUUGUCUAAUGCCUCACUUAUUUUAUUGGCAAACAGAGGCAAGAGUCUAAAGUCGCUACUUGUUCGGCAGAAUGCCCUCUUGAAGAAGUGCGACUGGCCAAAGUCUCCAGACUGGUCAACAGAUUUUCACAGACAUCUGAAGAAGACAGCAAGGUCGUAUGAAGAUUCCAAAAUAGAAGUAGCAAAGGUGAUGGGUCAAUCGUGGAGGCCAUUGAGAGAUGACGAGUUCAUGAGAUUGUAUUCUCGAUAACGAAUUGCUGUGUUUCUUCCGAAAGUGUAACCUACGCCUGAGUGUGGGUUUGUGAUAUCGUGACUUGCCCAGAACGUAUGUACAGAUGUAAUGUUCAAUGUCACAUUGAAUGGCUUUUGAAAAACUAUAUGACGUGUAUCUUGAAGGACAAUAGUAUGGCUAGCAACGUUGAUUGGCCUAUGAACAAAUGUGUAUCUGAUGGGGAUGUUACUGAAGGACAGAGAUCACGCCUGCAUGUUAAUGUUUACUAGACUUCUUGUAGUGUUUACAUGUGUAACAAUUAUUAUUACAGUUUGCUUUGAGCUAUAUGUUUUCUAUAUUGCUAUUCAGUGGGUUAAUUCAUCUUUUUUAUACAAUUAUUUUGUAUUUGAAACACGUUUUCCUCACCUGGCUGAAGGUUGAGUGAGCAGAAUAUAUGCAUGGACUGACGUGAGUAUCUCCUUCUCCGAAGCCAUUGCAAGAAUCAAACGGAAACGUUAUUUUCCAUAACAAUGGUGACACCGCGUUUGUUCUAUUAUCCUUUUGGACUAUAUAUCUGCUACAUUUCUCCAUGUCACAGCUGCUACCUCAAUUUCAUCCCACAGUUAUGUUUUCUUUCUACCCAACCCUACUGUUGCAGUCUUUGGAGUGCUGUUGGUUCUCCUAACACUACAGCUUUUACCCCCAACCGAUCCUAUAGUUGUUGUUUCCCCCACCCUACAGCUUAUACUUCUCCUGUCCAAUGGCGGCAUUGCCACCCAUCU